GUCUCUAUUUUGCAUGAGUAUAUACAUAUAUGUGUGUGUGCAGUGAGUGUCUGAUAAUCUUGUUAUAUUUAAUCGAGUAAAUUGCUCUACUCCGAACAACGAACAAAAAAAAACACAGAAAUAACGCGAGAGAAAGAGCAAGAGCAGAGUGAGAAAUUGAGACACACUAUACAAACAAUAACAAGAAAGACACAGCAAAGCCAGCGAGAUGAUGAUGAUGCCAAUGUAGCCAAAGUGAUCACGUGAUAUCAGCAAGGAACACCGAAUAGAAGAAAUAAAAAGAAACAAAAUAUAGCACGAAGGAAUACAAUACGAUUAAAUUCCAGCCAAAUGUCAUUUAUUUUAUUUUUUGUUCGCUUUCAUCAGAGCAUAAUCAUUAAAUUCAUUUAAAAGCAAUAAAGAUUAAUUGAGAGAGCGAGAAGAUUUAUAUAUAUCAUCAGCGCAAAUAAAUAAUUAUAUACGAUACAAUCGGAUCGAUUUUCUCCACUGAAUGCCAAAAUACACCACCAAACAUCCAUUCACAUUUGGAAUGGAAAUCUAAUCAAAUUGAACGUAAUUAAAAAGUUUUUAAAUAUAAAGUGAACACGCAGUUGACCACUUUUCGAUUGUACAAAACAAAAAUACGAACUAAAUAUUAGAACUAAAACAAAACUAAAAACAAAAAACAAAAAUAGAAGUCGAUUUCUGUGUCGAUUUAACUUGUGAACAAAAAGUUUCGGAAGCAACGGGUUUGCCGCCCCUGACUCGAGAGAAAGAGAAGUAAAAACCCACUAUCAAUAUGGCUGACGAUGAUAUGUCGGAAGAGCAGGAGAAUAAAAUCAAUAUUAGACACCGAAACCGAAAAGGUGCACUCAAAAAGAAAAACAUCUAUAACAUCAAGGACCAUCGUUUCAUACCCAGAUUCUUCAAACAACCAACAUUCUGUUCGCAUUGCAAGGACUUUAUAUGGGGAUUCGGAAAGCAAGGAUUCCAGUGUCAAAUUUGUUCGUUUGUUGUACAUAAACGGUGCCACGAGUAUGUAACAUUUAAGUGUCCGGGUGCUGACAAAGGUGCCGAUUCCGAUCAUGUGACAUGAACGUUCAUAAGCGAUGCGAGGAAAGUGUUCCGAGUUUAUGCGGUUGUGAUCAUACAGAACGACGUGGGCGUAUUCAUUUAGGUAUAUCAUGCGUAGGAAUGCGACUCACCAUUGAAGUUAAAGAAGGACGAAAUUUGAUUCCAAUGGAUCCGAAUGGUUUAAGCGAUCCAUAUGUCAAAUUGAAGCUCAUUCCCGAUACAGAUAAUGUUAAAAAGAAAACAAAAACCAUCAAAGCUUCAUUAAAUCCAGUUUGGAAUGAAACAAUCCAAUUCGAUUUAAAAGCCGAAGACCGAGACCGACGCAUCUUAAUCGAAAUAUGGGAUUGGGAUCGUACGUCAAGAAACGAUUUCAUGGGCUCAUUAUCUUUUGGAAUCUCUGAAAUUAUGAAGCAAAGCCCAUCGGACGGAUGGUACAAAUUGUUAACCGCCGAAGAAGGUGAAUUUUAUAAUGUACCCGUUCCAGAUGAGGGUACCGACUUGGUUCAGCUCAAGAGCCAAAUGCGCAAAACAUCAAUCACCAAGAAAAUAACGUCGGUUGAUCGCGAUUUGCCACAUAAUAUGUCAAAAAAAGAUAUGAUACGAUCAACUGAUUUCAACUUUUUAAUGGUUCUUGGAAAAGGCUCGUUUGGAAAGGUAAUGCUGGCCGAACGCAAAGGAACCGACGAUCUAUUUGCUAUUAAAAUUUUGAAAAAGGAUAUCAUCAUACAGGACGAUGAUGUUGAAUGUACAAUGGUUGAGAAACGUGUUUUGGCAUUAUCGCAAAAACCACCAUUUCUCGUUCAGUUGCAUUCUUGCUUUCAAACGAUGGAUCGGCUAUAUUUUGUAAUGGAGUACGUAAAUGGUGGUGAUUUGAUGUUUCAAAUUCAACAGUGUGGAAAGUUCAAGGAACCGGUUGCAGUGUUUUAUGCAGCCGAAAUUGCCAUUGGGCUAUUUUUUCUACAUUCACGCGGUAUCAUUUAUCGUGAUUUGAAACUGGAUAAUGUUCUACUCGAUGCUGAUGGUCACAUCAAAAUUGCUGAUUUUGGUAUGUGCAAAGAAGGAAUAAGCAACGACAAAACAACAAAGACAUUUUGCGGUACACCCGACUACAUUGCACCAGAGAUAAUUCUCUAUCAACCAUACGGAAAAUCAGUUGAUUGGUGGGCAUACGGUGUUUUGUUGUAUGAAAUGCUAGUUGGUCAACCACCAUUCGAUGGUGAAGAUGAAGAGGAAUUGUUUGCUGCAAUCACCGAUCACAAUGUAUCCUAUCCGAAGAGUUUGAGCAAAGAGGCCAAAGAUGUGUGCAAAGGGCUCUUGACAAAGAAUCCAACAAAGCGUCUCGGUUGCGGUGACCGAGGCGAAGAAGAUGUUCGUGGUCAUCUAUUUUUCCGUCGCAUUGACUGGGAGAAAAUUGAGAGCCGUGAAAUUCAGCCACCAUUCAAACCAAAAAUCAAACACCGCAAAGACGUAUCGAAUUUCGACAAGCAAUUUACAUCGGAGAAAACUGACUUAACACCAACUGAUAAACUAUUCAUGAUGAACUUAGAUCAAAAUGAAUUCAACGGAUUUUCCUACCUCAAUCCCGAAUUCGUAACUCACAUUUAAAAAUGUAACAGUGCAAAUUGAUUGUGUGAACAACAAAUAUAAAUACACAGAACAGAAAUUGCAACCAAAAUGAAAAUACUCUUCAAGAUUUAUCGGACGAAUCACAUCGGAAACUUUUACUAUUUUACUAUUCUCGUACGAUUCUCUUCGGGAAGAAAAUUAAAUGGAUGAAGCAAUGUUCAUGAUCAUUUUUUUUGUGUUCUAGUCUCAAUUUCGGUUUCAUCCAUUCCGAUUCAGUUGUUUGACAACAACAAAAAAAAAACCAUCGCAUUUCCAACUGUGAAUAUCCGAUCUAAAUCUGUCAUUUCCAUUUAAAAAAAUGUUUAGGCUAAUUUCAAUACAUUCAUUAUAAACUUAUGAAAAAAAAGAAUUACAAAAAUAUAUUCUGCGAAUUAUAUAAAUAUCGAUAAUAUUGAAUAACUUGAAAAUGAACAAAAAAACACUUUAAAUCAAAAAAAAAUGUAUGAAUUAAACUGAAAAAGUAAUUCUUCGAGGAAGAAGUAGGAUGGAUAUAACUGACAAAAAUCUCUUAUACACAAACACACACACUUUUUAUCACAUGAAAUAUGCGAUUGAUCUGAACUGAUGUCAUUGUUUGUGGUGGCUUUAUCGGUACGUUUCACUGUUUAACUUAAAUUUUGUUUUUUCGAUUAAUGCAUUUUGCAAGGUCGGUUUUCUCCGAACAUGCCAAUCUGAAUUUUCGAUUUAAAUCGAGGUCUCAUCUAUAAUUUAAUCAAUAUUACUUUUCCAGCAUUGGCUGCCGUCUUUUCUUUUUUCGUUGUUGUUGAGACAUUUUUCUCAUGAAAUCGAACCACCGAGGAAUUGGUUUCAAAAUGUUCAAUUUUAAACCGAAACUUUUGCAACAAUCGCAAAUCCACCAUCCGAAUCUUUCAAGCGAUGACAUUUUGUACAUGGUCAAACUCUCGCAUUUUAUAUAUUUAGUCAGAUUGUUCCUCUAUCAAAUCUAGUCUCUAAUAAUAUAUUUAUAUAACGAUUUCAAUCGAAAUGGUAUUUAUUCGCUGCAUCAAGAACGAUUCUUGAAAAAAAAAUUAACAAAACGACUUGUUGAGUGCACGAAUCACGCCACAUAGGUGCAUGAUAUAUGAUAUUAAAGCGAUAUGAAACGUUCGAAAACUUUAGCGACUUUUUUCUUAAACAAAAAAAACAAUUACAAAAUGAACAAAAAAAAAAACAAAAACAACCACAAAAAGUAUUAUGAGAAAAACUUGUAAUUCCGACUUUCAGUGUAGUUUUGAGUUGUUUAAGUAUAUUCUGGCAAAUGGUGCCGUAGACUUUCCUAUAUGCCUUCUUUCUAUAUUAAAUAAAAGAAAAUUGUUUUUUCGUAGUGGACCAAAGAUGAAGAAUAACAACAACAAACAUUUGAAUUAAUACGAAAAAAAAACACAAAAGAAUACAAUAAACACAAGAAAACAUAUGAAACGUACUCAAUUUUGAAAUUCAAAUACUUUUUUUUAAAAAAUGAAAUUACGCUGAUUAGGCAAAGCACCGAAUGUAAUCGGAUUGUCCUAUAUUGCAUUUGCAAUGUAAAAUUGGUUUGCUCUUUUUAGUUUCGAAACAAACAAAAAACCAUUAGAGACAAUUUAAAAAAAAAAAUAAGAACACAAAAUGAAAUUUGUUAAAUCUAUAGGAAAAAUGAAAAAAAAAUGGUUCUUCGAUCGCCAUUUGUAGCGUGUAAACUUAUCAAAACAACUAUCUCAAUGAACAAAUAAAAAACGUAUUGGGUGACACUUAUAAAGAGUCGAAAAUGCCAACAAAUGUGAAAUGUUGUGAAGAAGACAGGGGCAAAAUCAACCACAAAUAAUUUGCUUUGAACACUUACCUCUCAAAAUUGUAAUAAAAUGCCAAAACCAAUGACUUUAUAAGGCAAUUGAAGCUUUUGUUUACGUUUUGAAAUUCGUACGUAUGUUCAACUAGUUAUUUUGGCUGACAAUCGUUUCGGUCACUUUUCCUCUUUGUCAUACAUUUCAAUUCAAUGAAAAUACAGAAUUGAAUGGAAUGUAAAAAAAAUGUGAUUCGGUUGGUAAUGCAAUUUCCGCCAUUUUAUGAGUGUUGCUCACGCGUUCAACGUUCAAAUGUUUGAUCCAAAUUGUAUACAGAGACCAAUAUUGCGUCAAAAAAUAUGACAAAGAAAAUGCUUGCGGGGCAUUAUAUCAAACAGUGUGGUGUGCUUUCAGUUAGAAAUGCAAAUGGUCAACGAAUAUUCGAGUCUCUGAUGGAUUCAACGCUCAUCAAAUAUUGAUCAUUUAAAAUACAUUAACCGGUGUGGAAUUGAACGUGCGAAAAAUUAACGACGAUAAUUUGAACUUCGAAAAAGGAACGAAAAUGUAUUUUAAAUGGUAACCGAUUCGUUUGCAUUUCUCUCAAUUUUGUGACACUUUGAACACACCUCAUUAUCAUUUAUUAUUAAAUUAUUGCAUACUAUAUUGAUAAAAUAGUCUGAAAUACCAAAAGUGAAAAUCGAAUGUCAAUUGGCGUGUAUGUCUCUGUAAAAAUGCCACCGAUAGCAAAAAAAAAAUUGAAUAAAACAAGCGAAAAAAAAAUGGUCGAUUUAAAAAGACAAUCAUUCUUAUUACGUCAUAUAGACGCGGUAUGCUCACCGACUCUCGAAAAUCUGUGUCAUUCGGACACAGUUUGCCAACAGGUAAAAAUGAAGAUAACAACAAAGUAUUAAGUUUAACAAUACACGUUCAUAAUAUUCCAUGUACUGUUUACUUCACAUUUUUAAGAGGCGAUUUUCAUAAUUCACACACCAAGCACACAACAUGAAUGAAAUCUCUUUGCAAAUUUUGGAUAUUUUACCGAAUACUUAACAAAAUGACAGCAAAAAAAAUGUAUCUUGAAAAUAUAUGCACUUUUAUAAAACAAAAAUCAAACAAAUUUAAAUCAGCAUUGGACGAACAAUCUGUAAAGCUGUUCAUGCUGGUUUCCCUUUCAAUUUUACGAGAAAAAAAACCACAUUAACAUAAAUGUUUGAAUUUUGAACUUCAUGACAUGCACGCUAGAGAAUCGAAACGUUGAACUUGCACUUCUUUUGGAAUUGUUUUUAUUUGAUUGAAAAUACUUUGAGAUCGUAUGACACAAACAAAGCAAAAAGAUAAAUUGCAUUGAAAUUCUGAUUAAAAUCAAUCAUUUUUAUCGGAAUUAAAGAUUGAAUCUCUAUCGGGAGCCUUAACAAUUAAAUUUCGGUUGAAACAAAAAAAAAAUCCUACAUUUUAACACAAAUAACAUAGAAUCUCUAACAAUAAAGGGCAACAACCAAAACGUACAAUUUGUUGACACGAUGGAGGGGAAAGGGAGAUAAAACUGAAAGUUUGAACAAUCGUUGAAAUUUAACCACAUUUUAUCAAUUCCAUUUGAUUGCAAAUGCAACGUUUCCUUCAUUUAAAUCUCUAUUGAUGUAUUAUAUUACAAACAAUUUUAUGCUGAAACAAUUUAAACAAUCUUUCUGAUCAUCUAUUUUUGCUUAUUUAUCAAAAUAUUUAAAUGAAAAUAUAAAUAUAUAUACAUAUAAUAUUAGCUAUUAAAUAAUAGAUUACAAACAAAAAAAAAGGACGAAGAAAAAAAAAACAAAAUUAAAAAAGUUAAUACCUCUUUUACUGUCUAGUGAAUCAUUUUAAAUUUCACCAAAAAAGUAAACUAAUAAAAAUGAAGAAAAAAAUAUAUAAACAUUUAAAAAGAGCAAAAAAAAACUCUUUGAAUAAAUGCGAAAAAAAAUCAUGAGAAUUUUAUUAUGUGAUAUUAAUUAAAGGAAACUUUACGUGCUAAAACACUAAAUAAACAAACAAAAAUUAAAUCUAACCGUAUUCAAAAUAAUGGCAAACAAGAGCAUUUUUGUGCACUCUCAAUUUUCAUGGUCGUCCAUUCUCUUGGAUGAACAUAGAAACCGAACAAAAAAGAGAAAACAUACCUAAGAAGAUGGAGAAAAUCAGUUCUAUAUAAUGAUUUAUUUUGUUGCUAAUUUAUUAAUAUUUUAUGAUAAAUUUAAUGUGUUUUAUUACUUUCAAUAUAAUCAAUGCGUAGAGAAAUAAAAAAAAGAAACUUAGAUCGAUUUGUUGAUAUCUUUUUCUGCCUUUCAGCUAGUUAUUACCUCUCUCCCUCACUUGUUUCACAGACACCAAAAAAAAACUAUAUAUGUGUAGAAAAGCGAAUUAAAAAAAAUGAAGAAACAAACAAUUAUUUAGUAGGUUAAUAUAUCUUUUGUCUUAGACUAGACGUCUAUUUUCAAAUUGGAAAAAUGAAUUCUUUUUUUGAUGAGAGGGGGAGAGAGAGAGUUUGAACAAAAAUGAGUAUUUUUCUUAUGAUAACAUUAUGAUCUUCCACCGAAAUCCCCACUCGCGAAAUUUUUUCAAUCAAGAGAAGAAACAAGAAAAAAUAAUCUCAAAAAAAAAAAAUACAAUGCAUGAUUUUUGUUUCAAUUCAAAUGAGCAUCCAAAACAGCCAACGAUCCAUGCACUUUUCGUCAAUUUUGUACAAUUGCUUUCGACCGUUGCACUAACACCUAUUUGAAUGAUUAGAAGCAGGGAUUGUUCCUCUGAGGAGGAGGAAUGGU